AUGUCGCCCACCAACUUCAAGCAACCAAACCCGUGGGACGAAACGACUUGGCUGCAGCAAUGCGGCUUCGCAAUCCUAUUUGGCUUUACAGGAGUGGCGCUGUUGGUCAGCUGCUUGAGGAUAUAUAGCAGGAUCAGCACCAAGACGUUCGGUCUCGAUGACGCUCUGAUAAUCAUCGCCAUGAUUCUCUCGGUAGCGCACACGACGGCAUCGUACAUGUACAUGAAAUAUGCGUACAUUGGAUUUCAUGUCGAGGACAUACCGUGGAACGACCCCGAGGUGUCGCGCAUCUGGAUGUACAUCAUCAAUGUGGUCUACAACCCGAUCCUCGCCAUCGUCAAGAUGUCGGUCCUAAUCUUCCUCCUGCGACUGGGUGGCUACAAAACGGGCGUGCGCCGCACCAUCCUGGCCGUCGGCGCCGUCAACCUUUUGAUGAUGAUCGGUUGCCUCCUGGCCAUGAUAUUUCAGUGUUUCCCGUUCGAGUACAACUGGCGGCCCUGGGCCGUCGACGGCACCUGCAUCAACCAACCAGCCUACUACGUUGCGAGGGCGGUCCUGAAUGUCAUAACCGAUAUUGUGGUCCUAAUUGUGCCGAUCUGGAUCUUUUGGGACCUCAAGGUGAACAAAAAAGUUAGGUGGGCGUUGAUAUUUGUCUUCAUGUUGGGAUUCAUAACGACUAUCGUGGGGUGUAUACGUUUAGCGUUGCUUAUCUCGCCCUAUCUAGAUCCCGAAGAGGGGUCUGACUGGUCAUUCUCGAUCGGCUUCACCGCUACUGCCGUUGAAGUAAACAUAGCCAUCUGGACGGCAUGUCUACCUGCCCUAUGGCCGCUGGGACGCCAAUGGUUUCCAGGUUUAUUUUCCAAGAUGGGGUUGGACUCGCCGCAACAGGCCCGGAAUAUCGAGCCGCAGAUGCCGUUUUCUCAGCCGGGAGGCGUUUUAAGAACCAAGGACUUCAGAAGGAGGAGCGUGACGGAUCCCGUUGCAGCGUAUCGGCAACGCUUCCUGAAAGAUGGCAAACAGCGCAUGAAGGCGGCGCCGUUCUUGAGUCUUGAAGAUAGAGAAGAGGACAUACAAGCCGGUACGAGCGUGACUAGUACCUCGGACACACUGGCUGUUCGCAAGCCAAGCAAUACAGCGGCGGCCGGGUUCUCCGGUUGA